CUCUGCGUCGCCUCGCACAGGUUCCCCGGCAGCCAGCCUGUCAGCUUCGACUACGAGAGCCUCAAGCUUCUCGAGCAAGAAGACUUCUGGGUGUGCGAGAAGUCGGACGGUGUCCGUGUCCUCGUCCUCAUCGUCGCGACCGGGUUCGGCCAGGAGGUCUACCUCAUCGACCGCAAGGACGCGAUCCACCAGUGCUACUGGCUCACGUUCCCGCACCAGGACGGGCCCGAGUUCAAUCACUCGAACACGGUCCUCGACGGCGAGUUCGUCAUCGACGUCGACCCCGAGUCGGGCAAGCACAUUCCGCGACUACUCGUCUUUGACCUGCUCGUCCUCGACUCGGAGAACCUCAUGGGCAAGUCGCUCCAGAAGCGCUAUGGGCGUCUGCAAUCCUACGUCGUCAAGCCGUACGAGAAGUACCAGCGCACGCUCCCGCCCGACGUCCUCGCCAACCAGCCUUUCCAGGUCGUGUGCAAGAAGCAGGAGCUGUCGUACGGCAUCGAGGCCGUCUUUCGGGAUCAUGUGCCCAAGCUCUUGCACGGCAACGACGGCCUCAUCUUUACGAGCGCCGAGGCGCCCUACACGCCGGGCACGGACCAGAAGAUCCUCAAGUGGAAGCCGCCGUCGGAGAACAGCAUCGACUUUGUCCUGCAGCUCAAGUUCCCGCCCAAGCGCGACAACGAGCGCGAGGCCGACUUUUACGCCAAGCCCGUCUUUAUGCUGCUCAUGAACCACGGGCACGAGGGCAGCCACUACUACGACACGAUGGAGGUCGACGACGAGACGUGGGAGACGUGGAAGCGUUCGGGCGAGCAGUACGACGACCGGGUGGUCGAGGUCGUGUGGGACGCGGCGCGGUCGACGUGGCGGCUGCUGCGGUUCCGCGACGACAAGUUCGAGGGCAACUACAAGUCGGUCGUGAGCUCGAUCAUCCGCAGCAUCGAGCACGGCGUCGAGGCCGAGCAGCUCGUCGCGCACGCGGCGCGCAUCAAGAAGGCGUGGAAGGCGCGCCAGGCGAGG